AUGACAAUGCAUCAAUAUUGGAACACAACAAAGCCAGACAAGGAUUGCUCCUCCCAUAAGACACCAAAAACGGCCCAUCCAAUUACAGUGAACGCAAAUGAGGCGGUUGCACGCAGAUUACCUUUCUCAGACACACGAGACUUUGACGAUGCCACGAAAGGUUUCAUCGGCACUAUUCCAGAUGCUGUUGUACUUAAUCAAAAUGGACAGCAGGUCUGGAGCAUGAAAAAAUAUGAUUUUCUACAAACAAGCCGUUCACCGGACACCGUUAAUCCCAGCCUUUGGAGGAUGGCAAGACUCAAUGCAAUUCAUGGACUCUUUAAGGUAACUGAGCGAGUAUAUCAAAUAAGAGGAUUUGAUAUUGCUAACAUGACAGUGAUUGAGGGCGAUACAUCUCUAAUUAUUAUAGAUCCGCUGUUUACAGUUGAGACAGCCCGCGCGUCACUGACCCUUUACUACAAGCAUCGUCCCAAGAAACCUGUGUCUACAGUCAUAUACACGCACAGCCAUUCUGAUCAUUACGGUGGUGUAAAAGGAGUCAUAAACGAAGCUGAUGUUCAAACAAAAAAAGUUCAAGUGGUUGCACCUUCGGGGUUUAUGGAGAGCGUAGUGAGCGAAACAUUUCUCGCUGGAAACGCAAUGAAACGCCGCUCCCACUUUCAGUUUGGUAUGUCACUUCCUGCUGGAGUCCAGGGGUUUGUUGAUUCGGGAAUAGGAAAAGCUGCUGCAUUGGGAACCGUAACGCUGGUUGCAUCCACAAUCAAUAUCGAAAAUAACCUCGAAACACUUGUGUUUGACGGCGUCAAGUUCACUUUCCAGCUUGCUCCAGGAUCGGAAGCUCCAUCUGAGAUGCUAAUCCACCUUCCACAGUUCCAAGUUCUGAAUAUGGCAGAAGACGUCACCCACCAUAUGCAUAACCUCUAUGCUAUCCGGGGAGUCGAAGUGCGAGACGCAAACAAAUGGUCGAAAUAUAUCGAUUCCGCACGCGUCAAUUUUGGCGAAAAGAGCGAUAUACUGAUUGCUCAGCACCAUUGGCCUACGUUCGGACGGGUGAAUGUGAACAAUAUGUUAAGGAAGCAACGCGACAUGUACAAAUUCAUCCAUGAUCAAACGCUUCGCCUCGUGAACCAUGGAUAUACUAGUAAAGACAUCGCGGAAAUAUUACACAUGCCUAGUAGUAUCUCCGGGGAAUGGUCUACCCGCGGCUACUACGGUACACUAAGCCACAACUCGAAAGCCGUUUACCAGAAGUACAUGGGCUGGUAUGACGCGAAUCCAGCGAACCUCAAUCCGCUUCCUCCAGUGGCCGAGUCGAAGAAGAUAGUCGAAUACAUGGGCGGUGCAGAAGCUGUUCUGAAGCGCGCCCACGAUGAUUACGCUAAGGGUGAAUUCCGCUGGGUAGCCAGUGUCACCAGUAAGGCUGUGUAUGCUAACCCAGGCAAUAUCGCCGCCCGUGAACUUUGCGCGGAUGCACUGGAACAACUUGGCUACCAAUCGGAAGCUAGCACUUGGCGGAAUGCGUAUCUUUUGGGAUCAUUGGAACUGCGUCACGGCCCACAAAGGAUGCCAGUUUCCGCCAAGCGUGCUACUAUCAGUGCUGUCAGCAAUGAAUUAAUGUUUGAUUACCUGGCAAUAAGAGUCAACGCCACAAAUGCUGAAGGAAAACACAUAAUUCUGAACUGGAAUUUUACGGAUUCUAAGGAGCAAUUUGUCGUAACACUUGAAAAUUGUGCCCUAACUAAUAUUCACGGCUCGUCAGCAGAAGCUGAUGCUACUGUAAACUUAGACCGCCCCACAUUAAAUUCAAUACUAGCAAGCAAAAUUACAACUCUGGAAGCUCAAAACAAAAGAAAGUUGGUAAUAGAAGGAAACAAAGCGAGCCUCGAUCUUUUAAUUUCGUUACUGGACGAAUUCGACGAAUUGUUUCCAAUUGUUGAGCCCCGAGUCUAA